GGGCAAUCCCGACGGCCAGACGUCCCAUUUCUCCGCUUGGCAUAAGUUUGUAAGGACGGGGGAUUCAGCAUUCACCACCAUGAGGUUAUUCCUUUCUCUGUGUGUUCUGUUGGUGUCUGCGUACGCGAUCGAAGAAGAAGAAGGAGUUUUGGUCCUGACUGCGGAUAAUUUCGACAAGGCGAUCGAGGAAAAUGAGUUCAUCCUUGUGGAGUUCUAUGCCCCGUGGUGUGGACACUGCAAAUCCCUCGCUCCUGAAUAUGCCAAGGCCGCCCAGGCUCUCCAAAAGGAGGAGAGCAACGUGAAGCUCGCCAAGGUGGACGCCACCGUGCACGACAAGGUUGCCCAGAAGUUCGGCGUGCGCGGCUACCCGACUCUGAAGUUCUUCAGGAACGGCAAGGACUCCGAGUACGGCGGCGGCCGCACGAAGGACGAGAUCAUCAACUGGCUGAAGAAGAAGACCGGGCCUCCGGCUACGAUCCUGGAGACGGCCGAGGCCGCCGAGAAGCUGAUUGAGGACAGCGAGGUGGUCAUCGUCGGAUUCUUCAAGGACCAGGAGAGCAAGGAUGCCAAGGAGUUCCUGAGCUUCGCGGGCGGCAUGGACGACUACCCCUUCGCCAUCACCUCCACCGAUGAAGUCAUCACCAAGCUGGAGGCAGCUGAUGGCAAGGUCAUCCUCUUCAAGAAGUUUGACGAGAAGCGGCACGAGCUGGAAGACAAGGUGGAGGCAGACAACCUGAAAGCUUUCAUCGCCAAGUACUCCCUGCCGCUGGUGGUGGAGUUCAACCAGGAGACGGCCCAGAAGAUUUUCGGCGGUGACAUCAAGUCGCACCUGCUGAUGUUCCUGAGCAAGAAGGCAGAGGACUUUAGCAAGCACACUGAGGCAGCUACAUCAGUGGCCAAGGAGCAGCGGGGCAAGAUCCUGGUGGUCUCGAUCGAUACCGAUGAGGAGGACCACGCCCGCAUCAUGGAGUUCUUCGGCAUGAAGAAGGAGGAGGUGCCGGCCCUGCGCAUCAUCAAGAUGGAGGACGACAUGACCAAGUUCAAGCCGGCCAAGACUGGCCUGGAUGCGGACACGAUCCGCUCGUUCGUGGAGGACUUCCUCGCCGACAAACUGAAGCAGCAUCUGCUCAGCCAGGACCUGCCCGAGGACUGGGACAAGACCCCGGUCAAGGUGCUCGUCUCGAGCAACUUCGACGAGGUAGCGAUGGACAAGAAGAAGGACGUGCUGGUUGAGUUCUACGCGCCGUGGUGCGGCCACUGCAAGCAGCUGGCGCCCAUCUACGACGAGCUGGGUGAGAAGUUCAAGGACUCCGACUCGGUGGUCAUCGCCAAGAUGGACGCCACCGUCAACGAGCUGGAGCACACCAAAAUCCAGAGCUUCCCCACCAUCAAGCUGUGGAAGAAGGAGACGAACGAGGCCGUUGAGUACGGCGGCGACAGGACCCUGGAGGGGCUGAGCAAGUUUGUCGAGUCGGGCGGCGCCGAGGGCCAGGCGUCCGACUCCGGCACCGAGUCGGAUGAGGAGAGCGAGGAGGAGGAGGAGGAAGAAGAGGACGAGGAGGACGACGGCAAGCACGACGAGUUGUAGGCGCGUCUUCCGCCCGAGCGGUCGAAUGAGAGCGUGGAGCGUGCUCGCGGCGGGACCGACCGAGGGCGAGCGCCGACCGUGCAGAGCCGGAUAUUUUUGAUACGUUUUCUCCCGUCGGACUUGCUCUCGGGCGAUCCCGUCGGCUUCACAAAGGCGGCAGGCGGUCGCCUCGGCAGCCGCGGUCUGGUUGCGUGACGAUGGCGAGAUCUGUGCAAGAGUGGGCGGCAACUUUUAUAGAAGGCCGAGCGACAAAGGGCAUAUUUUGUAAGAUCAGGUGUUUUGUUUUGCACUGCUUGUUGGUAUCCUUCCGUUGGCGGACCUUUCCACAGAGUUUCUACACGUGACAUGCGUAGAAUCGUUCCGGUCGCGGCCAGGCGCCAGGCAGCGGGAGGUUUUAUCCGUGUUAUGCGUAGAAUAUUUAUGAGGCGGGCCGGGGCUUUGCAGCGUCGUUCGCUCAGUGGCGGUCGCCGUUAAAGGUGGCCGCGGCUCCGAAAUCCCCCGCGGGGCUGGGCUCUUGUGAAAUUCUGAGUUCAUCGUCCCGUGCCGAUUUACACUAAAUGUGCAGUACGUCUUUCAAAUCCCCGCCGACGGGGCCUGGCGCCGGGCCGCGCGCGCGUCCGCGGCUGGCGCGGGACGGGUGCGGUCCGACGUCCGGUCCGGUCGGACAGCCCGUUUGGGUGGACCUGCACGGUGCGAUGGAGAGAGGUGACCUUGUCCAUUUGGCUUCCUGUUGGCAUCUGCGGCGGUGAAUACAAGGCGACUCUAGGAGGA